GUGAGCGGAAGGUGGAGGAUGAGGCCGCUCUCUAUUUCCGGGUCGCGCUCGUCUGGCUGGAGGCAAGAUGGCGGCGCGGUGCUUGUGGAGGAGGCUUUGUCAGGGAUCAUCUUUUCCUGUCAACUAUGCAAGCAGAGUUAUGCAAAAGCAGUGUUUUCUUCCAAACUUUGACUUGGUGGGAGGACGAUUCUCUGGAUCCCAUGUUCAUACAGAGGAGCCUAAGACUAAUCCUCUGGUGUCUAUUUCAGAUGAGCCAGAAAUACUGUACCGGAGACUGUCCCUUUUAGUUAAAGGCCACGAUAAAGCUGUGUUGGACAGCUACGAGUAUUUUGCAGUGCUUGCAGCUAAAGAACUUGGCAUAACUGUUGAAAAAGUACACAGACCUCCAAAGAAGAUAGAACGACUUACGCUUUUAAAAUCUGUACACAUUUACAAGAAGCACAGAGUUCAGUAUGAAAUGAGAACACACUACACCUGUUUGGAGUUAAAACACCUGACGGGCAGUACUGCUGCGGUGUACUUAGAGUAUGUUGAACGAAACUUACCUGAAGGGGUUGCCAUGGAAGUAAAAAAGACUAAGAUAGAGAAAAUACCUGAACACAUCCGGGAGCCAGUUUGGGAUACUCUACCUCAAGUAGAAGAAACAGAAGUCAAAUCAUGAAUUCACCAGAGCAAAAUCACCAGGAUCACUGAUUUCAUGCCCUGAAGUUAAGGCAACAUACCCUUCAUGGGAUUUUCUGUGCAUCACAACAAAGUAUUCCUACCUUUUGAGAACUCCAGACUGAGUCUGAAACAGUCGAGGCACUGUCAGUAUUGCUGUAUGUAUCAACUGAUACUUCCUCCUUUCAGUGGUUUUCUGACAUGGAACUAAACUGAAUCCUUAGCAUCAGUUCAAAAUCAGUACCCUUUUUGUAAAGGAAACGUAAGAUGAAAAAGUCUUGAUAACUCAGUAACAAAGCUCAAUUUUCAAUAUGCUGUAGCCCAGUUUUACCCUGUAGCCUGGACACAUUAAUCCUGCUGCUCUCACCUCUGGCUGAUACUUCAUUAGCCCUAUCUAAAAAACAAAUAUUAACCCAGGUCAGUCAUUCAGAGGGCCAGAUUUUAACACGUAUAAGCUAAUUUUUUUUUUCUUCUCUCUUUCUAUAUAGUCUUACUAUUUAUGAACUUAGGCAGCAAUAAAACAAUAAACCUUCAAAUUUUUGCUUUCCCGCUGCCCAGUUCAGAAUUCAGGUUUCCUUAUGCUCUGUGGCAUUUGAAGAUAGGCACUUGUAGUCUGAAAUCAGCUCUGACCCUUUGCACAUAUCUAAUAAAUUCCUGCCUGCUAGUAUACUCUUACUGAGCACUUUAGAAUAAGAGAACUGAAAAUGCUCAAGAACACAGGCAGUUAACAUUGCACAAAUAUUUGAUGAAGUUCACCCAUACUUUGAAAGCUAAGGCAGACAACCCAAACCAUUGCUUUAACGGAAAGGAAGCAGCAGUGUUUGUAAAAGUUCCUUGCUGUCAGAAUACUACUUUACGACCAUCUUGAAGCUUGUUUAGGCAGAUUUCUAGCAUUUUCUGCCAGUAUGAGCAAAUAAAUUUCCAUAGAUCAGAAAACAGAUGCCAGUAUAAAGCUGUUCUGGAGCCCCAAACAGUUGUAGUAAGUAUAAGAGAAGUAUCAUGAAAGAAGUUCCUAAUAUGACAGAGAACUUCAGCAUGCUGUCAGUAAGACUGUCUCAGUCUGAAUAGGACUGGGUUAAUGCUGGCACUGUAGACAGACAAGUCUUCAAGUCCAUUCAAUCAUCAGAAUCAUUGGUAACUGUAAGUUAGAGGUGAAUUUCCUGAAGCAAGUGCUUUUUCACUAACACCUGCCAGCCUACUUUGGGUGUCAAAAUAUACGGACCAAUAUAUUAUGUAAACAGUUUUAUAAACAGAUGUUUUGUUUUUUCAGGUUUAUAUAGAACCUGCCCACCCGCACUUAUAUACCUCAUCCAAUUAAUUUUUAACUGUCAGGGCACUGCAAGUACAGUGAAGAACAGCCCCUUUAAACCAAGUAGCGCCAACACCAGUGUUUAGUUAUUUGAAAUGUAAAAUUCAUUCUGUUUUUAGAAUGUUCUACCUGUAUAAUCCAAAACCUGUUGUGUGAAUUGAAAGUACCACAUAUAAUCCUGUAAGUUCUUCAACUGAACUGACCUGCUGAAAUGGCAUACUCUGAUUCAGCGACCAUUUGUGAGCAAAGAACUUUCAGCUUCAUUAUGGUGCCUGUGAGAAAUAGAAAGUUUGGGUGGUUUUUGUGCUGUAUGUUUUAUUUCAUAAAAUAUGAAGCAGCUGUCAAACAUUACUGUAUUGAUCACCAGUGGUUAGGAAAGCAGGAGGUUCUGUCAUGGCCCUGUUUUUGGAUCU